GAGAGAAAGAAAAGCGGGAAACCAGAAGAAGUGAAGCAAGGAAGAGAGAGGAGAAGAACGAAGCUCAAGAACGAGUAAACAGAAAUCUUCAUGGAAAAUGCGUUGCCGGAGGGAGCUCCGCCGCAGGCCGCACAAGCGAUUCCCGCCGCUCCCGUCUUCGCGUGCAACGUCUGCACUCGUUUUAGAGGGGCGAAUCUUAAUGGUCUGCAACACCAUGUGCAUGAUGUACACCACAAUUACCCUGAGAGGUGUGGCAAAUGCGGCCAUGCCUUCAAGAAAAAACCCCAGCUGGACGUCCACAAGAAGGAACGGGGUCAUUAGCAUACCGCCGCCGCUCAUCUUUCAGGCGAUGGCGGCCGCCGGAAAUCGACGGGGCCAAGAACUGCUUGGUGUUCCCGUUCUUCCUUUUUCCAGUUACGCAUGUAGAUCAUUAGCCUGGAUUUUGUUGCUUGAUCUGGAGACUUGGGACCCUGGAGGUCCAUGCUACAGAAGCUUGACGGUGCUUUGGAGUGCGGAUGGUUUUGGUCAUUUCCCUUGGAAGAUAGCGUCCAUGGAGUCUGUUAAUGGGGAUGCAGUAGAUUUUGGUAAGAAGAAUGCUGUUCAAGAAGCACCUCCAAAGAAACCCUCCUUCGGGCAGAAAAAGCAACUUGAAGCAGUUGGAUCUUCUCCGGCUCCUGCAAGUAAGAAGCAGAAGGUUUCUGGGGCUCUUUCAGAUAAAAGCAUUGACCAACUGAAUGAUGUCACUGCUGUCAGUGGAGUUAAUCUUCAGAAAGAGGAAGAACAGUUGUUCUCCACAAACAAGGAGGACAGUCGGGUCUCCAAAGCAUCUAGAAGAGCUGUACAAGAAGACGAGGAGAGGCUGAUUCUGCAGAAAACUCCUCUUCAGAAAAAAGUGGCGGAGAUCAUGUCCAAGUGUGGUCUGAAGAAUGCUAGCAAUGAUGUAGAGAAAUGCUUGUCCUUGAGCGUGGAGGAGAGAGUGCGGAGUUUGAUAAGUAACAUGAUCAGAAUGUCGAAACAGAGGAUUGAUUUAGAGAAAGCCAGGCACAAGACUGUGGUUACCUCUGAUGUUAGACAACAACUUGUGGUAAUGAACCAGAAAGCUAAGGAUGAAUGGGACAGAAAGCUGGCUGAAGCAGAGCUCCGGCGAGUAAAUGAACCUGACACUGGUAAUGGAGCAGAAGGCGACAAGGAAACGGAAGGUGGGAGAGGAAAAGCACCCAAGUUGAGCAAAGAGGAGGAUGUCAAGAUGAGAACAAGGGCAGCAAACAUGAUGGCAGCCAGGGCUGCUGUUGGGGGAGACGACUUGAUGUCGAAAUGGAAGCUAAUCUUGCAAGCCCGUCAGAAUAGAGAAGGUGGUCAUGAAACCGCCUUUUCUCCACAAUCAGCAAAUAAAGAUGGGAGCUGCAAGCCCCAGUCGUUCUGUGGAAGGAAUGGCGUUCAAGAUGGAACAACAAAGCGCUUUGGUUCAGGAUCCUUUGGUGGUAAGAAAUUUGGGAGGAGCCAGGUUGCCGGAGCACAGCUUAUGGAGGUACGGAGUUUAACCAUCAAGGACGUGGACAUGAUUGGAGGAUGGAACGAGAGGCCCAGUGCUGUCAAAGUCGACUCUGAUGUAUAGGCUGUACGAGAAAAUCCAGUCCAAUCCACCACCAGAAUGAUAGGACCUGCUGCAGAUCCAAACCAGCCACCAUGAAUUCAGUUGGGGAUAAUUUGGUUGCAGAACACAGUUUGUUGAUUGUACUUAUAGAGUAGUUGUUGUUUUCCGUUGGUCUUUGAACACACUGCUCUACUGAGCUCGUUAGAUUGUAAAUUCCCGGUAAGAACUGCUUAUUACUGUACAGAUGUUGUGCUGAUGACUGAGGACCAAGAGUUGAAUACAUAGUAUAUACAUGUUCUCCGCUUUGCCUAAAAACCGGAUCUUACUUUAGAUACAGCCCUUAAUUUAAUGUUCAUUGCGUAACUACGGUAUUUAAACUCCUUCCAUCAUUCGUUUCACUAUUCGAAGUUUAUGAACCAAAUCGUCAAUAUCCUAAAAUUCAGGGGACCACUUAUCGAACUAACCCAUUUUAU